GCGAGCGAGCAAGCGAGCGCUCAUUCAGUCAACAGAAAUCAUUCGCGUUUGAUGGACGGUGGCGGUUCGUAGUUCCAUUGACGCGUUGUUGUAUCCGAUUCUUUUUCUUGGCCCUCCUCGGCGACAGUUUCCCCACUCUUGUGUUGUGAGAAAUAAAAAUUGAUUGUGUGUUUCAACCAGACGAGUAAAUUGGUAAAAAUUGCUCGGACCGUGUGCGGAGCGCAAAUUAUUCGGUACUGUUUUUCAUUGCUGGGAUUAUUGUGCUUUUCCCUUGUGAGUGAAAUCAUCGAAAGAAACCAGAAGCAAUUUUUUCGGGGUCGAUUGGUGAAUAAAUCAUACACAGCAGUGGAAAAGAAAAAUGGAAACAUGCGAAAAUCGAUUGCUGUGAUCGUUUGGCCUCAGUACAUAACGCCAAAGCGUUGUAAAUAAAAAUCAUUAUUUUCCAUUCGUAACAGUGACAGUACAUAUUAAAGUGGCAUCUUGCGUGUUUUGAUUUUUCUUGAGGCAUUUUCCUGGAACGGAGUUGUUCGAUCAUUAGACGCUGAAAAGUAUAGCCGCUGUUGUGAAGUUGAAUUCGUGUCGAGGGGUGGAGAAAACCCUCCUUCCGUGUGUGUGUGCCUUUUCCUCAGCUGAUCGAUUUUUCCUUCAUUUUCUCCCCUAGUUUAACAAAUUUCAACUUCCAUUGUAGAGUGACUAAAUUGUGAAAUAUCAGGAAGGAAUAAAUUACCCUGAAAUUAUAGUGGUGCAUAAAUAGUGCAGCAGAAGUUGAUCGAUAUUCUCAAGACAAAGAGCGAAAAUUGAAAAUCGGUGUGUCGUAAUUCUUGUUUCCUGUGUAAUGGAGCAGUAAAAUCUUUUAUCGGAAGCAGUGAGUGUGAAUUCGUGAAUGGUCUGGAAAUCAACGCCCAUCAUUCAUGCGUUUUUAGUAGUGUGAUUGGAAUCAUUAAUAAUAACCCCGGAUUAUCAUAAAAAAGUGGAACGUAAACUACAACCAGCUUUGUAACUGAAAGAGAAAUACAGGAUUUUCUUCUCCAUGAGAAAGGAUAUCUAAAUUGUCACCGUUUGCUCAGUUCUAUUCUCUUUCUUUUCCUGGAAAUUACGUCGGAUGAAUAAAUAUUUGCUUAACCACCUAAAGAAAUAGUAUAGAACGAACACGAAGGGCGUACCUUCAAAGGUGGCAAGAUGUCAGACGACGAUAAGGAAUCAUCUGUUCGGGUUGCCGUCAGAAUCCGCCCACAGAUACCACGCGAGCUGAUAGAUAUGUGCCGGGUGUGCACCCAAGUCACACCCGGUGAACCUCAGCUCUACCUCGGGUCCGAUAAGGCCUUCACCUUCGAUUAUGUAUUUGAUGUGAGCGCGACUCAGGUUUCCGUGUAUGCCAACUGUGUCGAGAAAUUGGUCGAAGGCUCGCUGAAAGGUUACAAUGCAACGGUGCUAGCCUACGGACAGACUGGUUCAGGAAAAACCUACACAAUGGGAACCGGCUUCGAGCGUGACAUUCCGGAAAUGCAAGAAGGCAUAAUCCCACGUGCAGUUCGGCAUCUCUUCGAGGGUAUCACCCAGCUGCAAGAGAACCCCUACGAUGAGGACGGAGUGUAUCUGGGAUCGUUGCAGUUCAGCGUUGCAGCGCAGUUUAUGGAACUGUACAACGAGGAAAUUAUCGACCUGCUCGAUCCCUACAGUAAGGGUCGCCUGUUCAAAAUUCAUGAAGAUGCCAGCGGUGGUAUAUCGGUGGCUGGGGCGACUAUACAGUCCCUCACCGGACCGCAAGAUGCCUUACGUUGCCUGCAGCAGGGUGCCCUGGCACGCACGACGGCUUCCACCCAGAUGAAUGAACAAUCGUCCCGCAGUCAUGCUCUCUUCACAAUCCUUAUUCGACGGCAGCGGGUGAUGAGUGCCGAAGAAAGUGGCAACCCGGAAGGGGAUUUGGAAACACUCACAUCCAAGUUCCACUUUGUGGAUCUGGCCGGUUCGGAGCGGCUCAAACGAACCGGCGCAACAGGUGAACGAGCCCGAGAAGGAAUCUCAAUCAACUGCGGUCUGCUGGCACUUGGCAACGUGAUAUCGGCGCUCGGUGAUAAAUCGAAGAAGGUUUCACACGUCCCCUAUCGGGACUCGAAGCUGACCCGACUGCUGCAGGAUUCGCUGGGUGGAAAUAGCCAAACGAUCAUGAUUGCCUGUGUGUCACCGAGCGAUCGCGACUUCAUGGAGACGCUCAAUACGCUCAAGUACGCCAACCGGGCGCGCAACAUCAAAAACAAAGUACAAAUCAAUCAAGACCAGAGUUCGCGUACGAUCUCACAGCUGAGGCGUGAAAUCGCUGCCCUGCAGCUGGAGCUGGUCGAGUACAAGCAGGGCAAACGCAGCGUGGACGCCGAGGGUAAUGCUGCCAUCUCGGACACCUUCCUGGAAAAUGCAAUGCUGCUGCAGGACAACAAGCGCCUACAGCAGCGACUGAAAGCAAUGCAGGAAACCAUCAACACCUUGACGGACAAGAACGCCACACUUCAGGCACAGCAGGCCCUAUUUGGCUGGUCCUCGGGCAGUACCGGGGGGAGUGGCGACCAGGGAGAGGAUGGUGCUGGCAGCGAGAAUGCCAUACAACAGUUAGUUGCUGGCUACAUUAGUGAAAUUGAGAAACUGAAGGCGAAAUUGAUCGAAUCUGAGCAGAUGUUCCAGCAGAUGAAGAAAGUGCAGGCCAGUCCGUCGAAGCUUGGGCUGAAGAGUAACUAUUCCUUCAUUGAAGACUCGACGGAAACGGUUAUCAACAUGGCGAAGCGUGAGUUGGAGAAAGAUAGGGAGCUGUUGAUGUCUCGAUCACUGCCUGGAUUGGAGAACGACAGCAGCAAUCAAAGUUUGGAGGAUGGAUCGGAUAGUGAUUCGGAUACGGAAUCGGAUGAUAAGGCAGGAGAGUUACAGGCGGAGAUCAAUGACAUAAGUUCGGAUAUAGAGAUAAAAUCAAAACUGAUUGAGCAGUUGGAAUUGUCGCAACAGCGGAUGCACGUUAUGCGACAGCAGUAUGAGGACAAGCUGAAUGUGUUGAAUGCGAAAAUUGUCAACACGCAGAAGGAGCGUGAUCAAGUGCUAGCUAAUAUGAGUGGGUCGGGAGUUGUAGUUGGAAGCGCACAAAAUGAUAGAAUAAGAAAGGUGAAGGAAGAGUACGAACGAAAGCUAUCAGAGAUGCAAAAGGAACUGAAGAAACUGCAAGUGGCACAAAGAGAGCACAUGAGACAACAGAGAGAACUACAAGCGCAGGAUGCUCAGUUGAAGGCGCUGCGCGGAGAGUUGAGCGAGUUGAAGCAGAUUAAGAUACGGUUGAUGAAGAAGAUUCACGAGGAAAACAACAGGCACAAAGAAAUGGAGAGUAGAAGGACUCGGGAAAUAGCGCAACUGAGGAAGGAAAGCAGGAAACAUGUGAACAUGAUCAAAUCACUCCAAGCUCAGGGAGCGGCGAAGGAUCAAGUUUUGAAGAGGAAAACUGAAGAAGUUUCAAACUUGCGAAAGACUCAGCGUGGUAUGAUGAGCAUGAAGGCGGCAGGAAGGUUCCCUGUGAAAAAGUCCGUCGCCGCUCAGAAUACGAAGAAUCUCAAAGCCAAGUGGGACUCGCUUCAAAGGACUAUUGCUAGAGCAGCGAGAAGCAGACAGGCGGUGCUGGAACUGGAACGAGAGUUGGAACGAUUAUUGCAGGAACGGGAUGGACUGAGCCGUGAUCUGGUCAAUAUCCGCUCCAAAAAGGUUCAUUCAUAUACGGCAGAAUUAAUUUCUGAGGAAGACACCAUAAUGGCCAAUAUGAACUACAUUCAGGAGAACAUUACCCAGAUUCAGCAUUCCAUUAUGGAACUAGAAGAGGGCAAAGAGUCGGCCUCCGAGCAUCAACAGAUGCAGACUAUCCUCGAGAAUAUACGUUCUGUCGAAGAAGCUAAAUUUAUCCUGGAAAAGUUGUGUGGAACGUCUGUUGUGCAAGUUUGUGAAGCAGCUCUAACACAAACACGACUGAAGGAACGCGAAGCUUUGUUGAACGAAGUUCAACAGGACAGCAGCAUCCAACAGCAACUGCUGCAGCAUAUUCUCGCACGAACUCCAGCAGCAACAUUGUCGGAUACUAGCUUCAGUUCUGGCCAGUCCCACCACUCGAAUGUGGUGAACACCAUGCUACACGCAGCUGUCCUUUCGAAUGGAGUCUCAUCUGCUGUUUACGAAGACACCGCGGAGACCACUGAAAGUCAUCCUUACGUGAUCAAUUCUGUCACCAGAAGCCCAUCGCCCAGUAGCAGCACGGAAUUCGAUAACGAUAGCAUUGUCACCUACAGAAACUCCUCCAAGCUAAGACGAAGGCUCACGACCACUGCCGGUCAGGACUCACUGCCGUAUGGCGGAUCCGGUGUUGGACCGGACGUAUCCGGUUCCCCGACCGCCAACAGCAAGCUUGAGAAAGUGGGUAUUUGUAUUUAUCUUGAGGAUUCGGCAGAUGACGAUGACACGAUGAUACAUUCUCCGCAGGAUGAGAAUGGGGGCUUCAUCGGUGGCGGUAUGACGGGCAUGACCCGAUCCUAUACCGCUGCCUCGUCUAGCGAAGCGCCAUCACAUAUCCCGGUUGUGACGAACAGCAGCACAUCGGUAGCAGGCCGUAGUUUCGUUCCGCUAUCACGAGCUCCCAGCGCACCGGGUUCCUUGAAAGGACUUCAACCAGUGCCAAACAUAUCGCGUCAAAAUAGCACCGCGUCGCCCCUGUUGGCCCGAAAGUCGUUCGAACCGAAUGUAGCACCGCCAUCACCUCGGAUCUCCAGGCGGCCGGUCCCCAGCAAAGCGUCACCGGGAAUGGAGGAUGCCAAUGAAAUUCCCACCUCGCCACCGGUUUACCGCCGGGGAACAUCACGGGAGGACACCGGUGAUGUGUUUUCACGUCUUGGCGCUGGUACGCAGGAUCCUUCACCGGGUGGUCACAUCAAAGAGUAUGCAGGAAAGUUGAAGGCUGGUUCUCCACUUAUCUGCACUCACAUUGUUGAAGGGCAUAGCAAUUCCGUUCUUUCGAUCAAGGUGUCCAACCAGACACUCUUCACCGCUGCCGCUGAUCGCACUGUUAAAGUGUGGGAUCUUCGCAGUGGCCAGACGCCUCACUGCUUAACAGGCCAUUUGGGACCGGUUGCAGCUGUCGAGUGUGAUCCGACCAACAAUUUACUUUUCUCCGCGUCGGGAGCAUUCGUAAAAGUUUGGGACCUCAGGGAUAGCAACAUCAGGCCAAUUAUAACCUUAUGUUCCUCGGGAUCGGUUCUUCCGGCAAAUGCAUCACUAUCGGACCUAAUCCCGGGCGAGUGUUCAAUUACUGCGUUGAAACUCGGAGCUUCGGGCAAGCUGUACACCGCUGCAUCGGAUAAGGUCCGCAUCUGGGAUCUACGGACAUUUUCUUGCCUCGGGAGGCUCUCCGGUGGUCAUCAGGCGGCUGUCAUGUGUCUUACCGCCUGGGAGGGUCCCAACAAUACUGAUCUCGUGGCAACGGGCUCCAAGGAUCACUACGUCAAGGUGUUUGAGGUCAAUGCGCUCGGUGGAAAUGUCCCGCCGUUGCUCAAUCUGGAACCACCACACUACGAUGGAGUGCAGGCCCUUGCGGUGGCAAAAGAUGCUACCGGAGUCGACGCCGAGCUGUUUUCCGGGAGUAGAGACUCCGGCAUCAAAAGGUGGGACCUGCGCAACGGAGAACUCAAACAGUCGCUCAACAAUGCCCACAAAGGCUGGGUCUCCGGAAUGGCCAUCUAUGGGGACAUUCUGCUGUCUAGCUGUCGUGGUGGCGUUAUUCGCCUAUGGAAUGUUAAAAAUUGUGAUAGUCUAGCCGAGAUGAAGACUGACCAGUCAAUUAACGACAUCGUCACCAGUGACAACCGGGUCUUCACGGCAUCCAAUGACGGUAAGGUGCGCGUGUGGCGUGUCUCGUCCACCAUCCGGCGAUUGAGCGCCGAGAACAGAUGACGCCAGAGUACGGAAGCGAUGCUGGAUCGAAUGUACUUCAACUACAGCAUGCGAAACAUUCAUUCAGCGUCGACUUCCGUCUCCGGUGGGGCUGGUCCAACCGGAGGAGAACCUGCUAUAGAUAAGAGGAGACCGAUGUCCACAUCGGCAACCGCAACGACGGUGGCACCGUCCUCGUCGUCAACGUACGGUGGGAAAACGUCCAACCUUUCUUCCCACUCGUUCAACUCACCAACCUCGUCCACGUCGAUACGUAACAGUAGACUCUACCGAAGUCUAAAUCAUAACUACCUAGGUAUACUAAGCAGGGUUAAUAGUAGGAGGUAGUUGAAUCUUCCUCCACAUUUGAAGAUGCCUUCUGCGUAGCAGAAAGCCUCGAAUCUCCAAAUAAAAUAAAAAACAGAAAAAUCCGUGCGCCAAUUAGAUAGACUUAUUAGCUGUGUAGGAGACUGAAAAGACAUUAUAUAAUGUUCGAAUACAGUUUUUUUUAGCAAACAGGGUUUCAAUCGACUUCCAUCGGGCGUUACAACAAUAAUAUGAUUGCAAUCAGAUAGCUUUAAUCGGUCGAUUGUCUCCUGCCCACUCUGCUGCGACGUGACGCGUCGGAAGCAUCUCUAAAAGGAGACAAAACUUGCCUUCAACCCGACAGUAAAAGAGUCAGAUAUGAACAAAAGCCUCACGAUGUUUAGAAACUCUCUAUAUAGGAACAAAUUGAACAGAAUCAAAUCUUCCACCAACCAACCAGAAAAGACAGUCCGUUCAGUAUUUUACUUUACACUCACGCACUCUAUAAUUUGUUUUAUGCACUAAUUUUCCUAACGGCUCCCCUCCCGUCUACAGUCAGUACGAGUAGGAUCUUAUCUAAUUAAACGAAUAACAGGCCCAAAAUCGAUUGGUUGUGAUGUAGGUGUAAGAGAGAUUGCAAAAGUAUAUGUAUAUUGUUUUUUAUCACGCAUCAUUUAUUCAUAAUUUUUGCAAUCAUUAGUUAGCAUUAUUUUGUUUUUGUUUUAAUCAGUAUUUUAAUGAGCUUUUUUCUCUCGCUAAAAGCUACUGCCCAAUGAUGAUUAUGUACUUACAGUGUUUGUUAAAAAAAUAAAGAAAAAACAUCCUAAUACUUUUCCGAAAGUAUUCUACUGAAUCUCUGAUCGUAUUAAUUUGAUGUUUAUAUUUCACGUUAGGAAAUAAAAAUGUGCGGUUUAAUUAGUUUUUUUCUUCAUUACUACUAUUCCUAACCUCUAGGCAUAUCUUUACAAACAAAAAUGAACAAGAGUUUACAAUGUAACGACUCCGUUAAUGAAUGAAUCUGAUGUUAUAACAGGUUUUACGGUAUCGAGAAAAUAAUCAUCUGUGAGAAUGGGUAAUACUAUAACGUGUGUUGUAACAGCUAACUUCAAUUAUAAGCCAGAGUUGGAAUGAAUAAUAUAGUUUAGGACAUACCUAUGCCACAAAUAUAAGGCUCGCUCAAUAUA